AUGACAGAGAAAACAUAUGAAUAUCAAGGCUGUACAAAAAUAUAUUCUUCGAAAUCAUCCAUUACCGUACAUCACAGAAAUCACACUGACCGGAAACCUCACACUGGAGCGAAGCCCUAUAAAUGUGAAGAGUGUAGAAAGGUUUUCCAAAGUAGGUCAGGCCUUAAUAAUCAUAAGAGGUCUCAUAGAGGAGUGAAGCCCUAUGAAUGUCAGGAAUGUAGAAAGGCUUCCCAAAGCAGGUCAGGACUUUAUAGUCAUAAGAGGAGCCACAGAGGAGUGAAGCCUCAUGAAUAUCAGCAGUGUGGGAAAACAUUCUCCUGGAAAUCAGCCCUCAAUAUGCAUGAGAGAAUACACACUGGAGAGAAGCCCUAUGAAUGUCAGCAGUAUGGGAGAUCCUUCUCAUGGAAAUUAUCCCUCAGUAUUCAUGAGAAAGUUCACACUGGAGAACCCUAUGAAUGUCAAGAGUGUGGGAAAACUUUUUCCCAUAAGUCACAUCUCACUAAACAUCAGAGAAGGCACACUGGAGGGAAGCCCUAUGAAUGUCAGGAAUGUAGAAAGGCCUUCCAAAGCAGUUCAGGACGUUAUAGUCAUAAGAGGAGCCACAGAGGAGUGAAGCCCCAUGAAUGUCAGAAGUGUGGGAAAACAUUCCCCUGGAAAUCAACCCUCAAGAUCCAUGAGAGAUUACACACUGUAGAGAAGCCCUAUGAAUGUCAGGAGUGUGGGAAAACUUUUUCCCGUAAGUCACAUCUCACUGGACAUCAGAGAAGGCACACUGGAGUGAAGCCCUAUCAAUGUGAAGAGUGUAGGAAGGCUUUCUACACUAGCUCAGGCCUUUAUGUUCAUAAGAGGACUCAAGCGGAGUAA